AACUUACUGAAGUUAGAUCCGGCAGACAGAUACUUGACAGAACAAUGUUUGAACCAUCCUUCCUUUCAAACCCAAAGACUCUUGGAUCGCUGUGGAAGUUCGCCUUCACGGUCAGCGAAGAGAAAACCUUACCACGUAGACAGCAACACGUUAUCAAACAGAAAUCAAGCCAGCAAAAGUUCUGCUUUGCAGUCACACCACAGAUCAAACAGCAAGGAUAUACAGACACUAGGGGUUGGCGGGCCAAGAGAAGAGGGUCUCCCAGCAAAUGAAAGCUUUUUAAAUGGAAACCUUCCUGGAGCUGCACAUAGUCCAAUGCAUACAAAAAAAUCAAGCAACACACCUGGAUCUGGCAACAAGGAUCUAGCCAACAAUAACAUGCCACACCUUCUCAGCCCAAAGGAAACCAAGGGAAAAACAGAGUUUGAUUUUAAUGUGGACCCAAAAAGUUCUGAUGGUCCAGGCACGAAGUACCUGAAGUCUAACACCAGAUCUCAGCAGAACCGGCACUCGUUUAUGGAAACCUCUCAGAGCAAAACCGGGACCCUGCAACCUGGCGAUAAGCACAGCCGCCACAGCUAUAUUGAUACCAUCCCCCAGUCUUCUAAGAGUCCUUCGUAUCGGACAAAGUCAAAGAGCCAUGGGGUUCUGACAGACUCCAAAUCUGUGGGCAACCUUUCCGAGGCCAGGGCCCAAGCUGCAGAACCAAACAGCAGCAGGUACUUUCCAUCCAGCUGUAUGGAUCUGAACUCUCCCACCAGUCCAACCGCUCCCCGACACAGCGAUAACAGAACUAUGCUCAGUCCGUCCGGGAGGAAUAACCGCAGCGAGGGUACCCUGGACACCCGAAGACCAUCAACAAGACACUCCAAAACAAUGGAGGAGUUAAAACUGCCAGAUCACAUGGAUGGAAGCCAUUCCCACUCCCUGUCUGCUCCACAUGAAUCUUUUUCCUAUGGUCUAGGUUAUACCAGUCCUUUUUCUUCACAGCAGCGCCCUCAUAGACACUCGAUGUAUGUGAGCCGGGACAGAGUGAGGUCAAAGGGCUCAGAGGGUGGCUUAAGCAUAGGGCAAGGGAUGGCAGCCAGAGCAAACAGCCUGCAACUGUUAUCUCCACAGGUGCAGCAUAAGUCACUCACAAGAUCUGUUGGCUCGUCACGAGAAGACUGUACGGAAGAUACUAAUAGGAGUGACCAAUUUCCAUCAGAAAUUAAUUUAACAAGGCCUCCAGUAAAAAAUUCCUCCAGAGAUGUUACAACUACAUUUCAUUCACGGCAAAAAUCUGAGGGUCUGAAUCAUGCUCAAGGUGGAGCAUAUCAUGAUCCACACACAGAAGAUGGAGCAUCUACUAAGGAAAAUAGAAUUCUGUAUAAUGACCCUGUUCCAAGAAGAGUUGGCAGCUUUUACAGAGACUUAACUAACGAUCAGGGUUUCCUACGAGCAGAAGGACGCUUACGUAAUCCCAGUUCAGACACAGUAACGUCACAGGACUGU